AUGGGAAGUCUCAGAAAUCUGACUGACCACCCCGAAGAAGACAAUUGCUCCAAUCUUUUGAUGAAGAAACCUGUUUCGGUGGAGCAUGAGGUCUGGAAUGUUGAUUCAGGCAGUCCCGCCGAUACAAAAAAUGAUAAUGGAAGUGAUGACUGCUCAGCCCUGCUCAAUAACAGUAUUAAAGAAAACAAGCUGUCUGAGGCUUCAGAGGACUUGGGGGCAGAAGUCCAACCACAGAUAGCUAUCCAAGUUACUCAGGAGGUAUGUGAGCCAAAGGCUGAGCAAGAUCAGCUUAAAUCGGUAGCCCUGCAGGAAGUGUCAUUAAAGGUGGAUGUAAUCUCUUCCCCAGAGUCAGUGAAUGAUGAGCAUCAGACUGAGCUUUGGAAUGAAGAUAAAAGCUUUGUCAACCAAGGUGAAGUGCCUACUACUAAAAAGCCUUGUCCAGAAGUGAGACAAAAUGACAAUCAAGAGAUUAGUCAGGAAAUUACAAUACUUGUGACCAGUCAUGACUCCAGUUUGGAGAUUGAGGAAGAAGAAGAAGAAGAAGAAGAAGAACAAGAACAAGAAGAGGCAGAAGAAGCAAAAGGGAAGUCUUCUGAGCUUUCCAGUAAACCUGAAACAAUCACUACAAGUGGGCCUGAAAAACUUGUGGAGGAUGGCAAGGCAGUUCCAGAAGAUGGUUCCAUCAUCGUGGCAAGUCUGAUUAAAAUAAGUGAAGUGGAAAAAAACAACAUAAUUACGAGUAUCUCAGAGCAAAGCUCUAAUACAGGAUAUGACCUCAGUCAGAAUAAGUCACGGGAGGAUUGUACAGAGAGAGCAGGGGUGGACAAGAACGGAGUGCAUCUUGAAAAGGUUUCGCCUGAUGCCAAACAAACUACUGAUGUAAACACUCCAUGUCAGUCUAGCUUGAAUGAGACAGUGUGCAGUGUGAGUUCAGGUGAGACUAGUCAAGCAGGCACAGAGCCUCCACAGGAAACUGACAGGGAUCCCUUUGAGGAGAAAGAGCCAAAUGACGCACAAAAAAUGAAAUCAGAAACAUGCCCAAUGAGCUCUGACUCUGAGACCAAGGAGGUACUGAGUGAAAGACUUUGUCAGUCACCUGGGAAACAGCAGCAUGUUCAAACUCAGUACAGCCUAGAGGUGGUAAGCCAGUCUGUGGCCACUAGCCCAAUGACCCCCCCUACAGGGUCAGCCGCAUUCCUUUUCCCAUCCUCCUUUGGCAAAUUUGGUAAUGUUAGUGCAGAGAAGACCCAAGUGGAGACAAAAGAUGCUGAGAUGCAAAUGAAAACAAAAACACGUCUGAAGAGUUCCAGUUCCACAGAGCAAAGAGAAACCAAGGAAGUUUCAAGUGAAAGACUUUGUCAGUCACCUGGGAAACAGCAGCAUGUUCAAACUCAGUACAGCCUAGAGGUGGUAAGCCAGUCUGUGGCCACUAGCCCAAUGACCCCCCCUACAGGGUCAGCCGCAUUCCUUUUCCCAUCCUCCUUUGGUAAAUUUGGCAGUGUUAGUGCAGAGAAGAACCAAGUGGAGACAAAAGAUGCUGAGAUGCAAAUGAAAACAAAAACACGUCUGAAGAGUUCCAGUUCCACAGAGCAAAGAGAAACCAAGGAAGUUUCAAGUGAAAGACUUUGUCAGUCACCUGGGAAACAGCAGAAUGUUCAAACUCAGUACAGCCUAGAGGUGGUAAGCCAGUCUGUGGCCACUAGCCCAAUGACCCCCCCUACAGGGUCAGCUGCAUUCCUUUUCCCAUCCUCCUUUGGCAAAUUUGGUAAUGUUAGUGCAGAGAAGACCCAAGUGGAGACAAAAGAUGCUGAGAUGCAAAUGAAAACAAAAACACGUCUGAAGAGUUCCAGUUCCACAGAGCAAAGAGAAACCAAGGAAGUUUCAAGUGAAAGACUUUGUCAGUCACCUGGGAAACAGCAGCAUGUUCAAACUCAGUACAGCCUAGAGGUGGUAAGCCAGUCUGUGGCCACUAGCCCAAUGACCCCCCCUACAGGGUCAGCCGCAUUCCUUUUCCCUUCCUCCUUUGGCAAAUUUGGCAGGGUUAGUACAGAGAAGAACCAAGUGGAGACAAAAGAUGCUGAGAUGCAAAUGAAAACAAAAACACGUCUGAAGAGUUCCAGUUCCACGGAGCAAAGAGAAACCAAGGAAGUUUCAAGUGAAAGAAUUUGUCAGUCACCUGGGAAACAGCAGAAUGUUCAAACUCAGUACAGCCUAGAGGUGGUAAGCCAGUCUGUGGCCACUAGCCCAAUGACCCCCCCUACAGGGUCAGCCGCAUUCCUUUUCCCAUCCUCCUUUGGCAAAUUUGGCAGGGUUAGUACAGAGAAGAACCAAGUGGAGACAAAAGAUGCUGAGAUGCAAAUGAAAACAAAAACACGUCUGAAGAGUUCCAGUUCCACAGAGCAAAGAGAGACCAAGGAAGUUUCAAGUGAAAGACUUUGUCAGUCACCUGGGAAACAGCAGCAUGUUCAAACUCAGUACAGCCUAGAGGUGGUAAGCCAGUCUGUGGCCACUAGCCCAAUGACCCCCCCUACAGGGUCAGCCGCUUUCCUCUUCCCAUCCUCCUUUGGUAAAUUUGGUAGCAUUAGUACAGAGAAGAUGGAACUGGAGAAAAAAGAUGCCGAGAUGCAGGUAGCCCUACAGGUAGAGUCCCGCUCUGUUGCCACAGCACCCAUGAGCCCCAUUGUCCCAACAGCUCCCGAGGUUCUUCCUGAACCCCAGGCCGAGGGUGGGUCCGAGGAUCCAGUGGAACCAGUGCAGGAGGUGCGGUGGGAUGAGAAAGGUAUGACAUGGGAGGUAUAUGGGGCUGUAGUUGAAGUAGCGGUGUUGGGCACAGCCAUUCAGAAGCAUCUGGAAAAACAAGUCAAGAAGCACAGGAAACAGCCAUCAACUGUGGCGACGCCAACACCAAACCCAACAGAUGGACCAAGCCCCCCUCCGUCCAGUCCACCCCCAACCUCGGUAUCUAGCCACAGCGGCUCAACCAAAGGUUCUAGCAAGAAAAAGGAUGAGAAGAAAACAAAGAGGGCCAGACGUCGACAGAAUCCCCUACGCUUGAUGUUUCGGAACAUGCAUCAGCCAAGCUGCUGUUCCAGAACUCAGCCUGAUCAGUGA